AAUGCAUUCCCCUGAGCAGUCUUUAUUUCUGCAUUUCUUGCUUCUGGGGCUCUGACCAAGCUUUCCUUUAGCAAGAUAAAUUCCAGCUUCUUCAGUAACUGUAAGUAAAUCUUCUCAAAACAGGUCACUUUUGGAAGAAAAAUUUAAAUAUACUCUUAUAAUUCAGGAAUUAAUCAGUGAAGGGAUGUGAAUCCUCUUUUGAAGGAGAAAGUUGGCUCUUCAAAAACAAAUCUUUUUGGGUUUUGAGAAAUGGUUUUCUAGAGCAGGACUGUAACACUGUUGUUGCAAGAUGAGUUGCAAGUGUUGUGUAGAGAUGCUAGACAAGGCCACCUUACUUUUGUUAGCACUGAAGGAAUAUAACUUAAAUAUUGAAAGUGUUAGUCAUACAGGGAGACAGAAAAGAAUGGAAUCUUGGACUUCUGUCAUUGCUGUGCUUUCUAUUGAUCCCAGCCUCUGUUGCAUACCUUUAUAACCUUACACCUGAAAUGGGUGUAAGGUUAGAAAGGUGCUUAGCUGUGCAGCUGAUGUUGUUCUAAAGAACAGUGUCCCAGUACUCAUCUGCCACACAAGAAUAUUAUAACUUCUGACUGAAAAACAUUCAUCCACCUGUUUUCAACCAUCCAAAAUCAAAUGUCACAAUUUACAUUUUAGUGAUGUUAUAAGGCAGAGCCACUGAAUCUGACUUAUUUCUUUAAAAGUGAUGUAAAACCAUUUGCCUAUGUAUUUUUUAGAUUUAAAAAUGGUAGAAUUUGAAGAACUCAAUGCAAGUUAAGCCUGAAUAUGCAGUCCUAUUUGCAUUUUUUCUUAAUUUGAAGCAUCAUGUCUAGAAGUUUCAGACAUUAGACUGGAUAGGAAUUAAAAUAAUGCUGUUCCCAUUUAAUAGACCAGCCAGAGGCUUUUAUAUUGAUUACUCAUUGCUUUAACAUUCUGUUUUGGAGCAGAAGACAAGACCAGAAAAUCUGCCAUCGCCCACAGAGAGAAACAAACUGAAGUAUGGUCAGUAUGAAGCAGAUACAAAGGAAGAAUAUAAGCAGCAUCCUCAGAGAAUUGCAGAAAAGAAAAAAGAACACCUCCAGUGUCCAGACAGUUCAAUAAAAGUAGUUGGCAAAAUAGAAAUCACAUUUUUAAAUAGCAAAUGUACAUCACUAUUUAAUUACACUGUUUGGAAAGGUUUGCACAUGUGUGUAAUUAAUUUCAUGUUUUUAUUGUAAAGAAAUAAAAGCAUGUAAUUUCAGCAUCUAAUGUUGGGGAGGAAAUAAGAUAUAGGAAGCUUGUUUCAGUUGUUGCAGAGCGAGAAGCUGAGGUGCCCUGAGAAUUUAUGUAUGGUUAUGUAUGGUUGUGUUCUCUGGUAAGGAAAGUAACCCUGGCCCUCAUAGUGCACCUCUAGCUCGAGCAUGAAGAUAAGCAUGAUUGAUAAGGAAGAACUUACAGCCUAUAAGAAGAGGAGAGACAGCAGGAAGGUCUUGGCAAAAUGUUAUUUCAAAAAUCAGAAAUUCAUUCAAGCUUUUUUAUUUUUUAAAUGUAGAAGUAUUUUAAUUAGUACUCUGUAAAUUGUGACUGUAUAUAGGACUUAAAAAAGGAGAAAUGAAAGAUUUAAUUGUUUCCUUAGAGAAUUAUUACCACUGAAAAUGCAAAGAAUUAUGGGGUUAAAAUAAUGAAAGAUAUUAUUUGUACUUUUUGCUUUGAUGUUGUAUAAGAUUCAGUACAGUUGGACUGCAAGCUGUAUUAGUUCUCCCAGGUUUCUUUUGUAUUUUUAAAUUAAAACUAAGGUGCAAAGAAGGAAGAUCAGUGGAAAGAAACUGGAAAAUAAAGGGAUAAAUAAACCCAACUUUCAUCUUGUUCUGGAGGAGAUAGCAGAGGAGUGUGGUUGAACAGGGAAAGAUGCAUCACUGUAGGUGUAAGGAAGCAUGAAGCCUAAGUAAGCAACAUCUGUGACGACUGGUUGAAUGCUAGAUUCUGCUGAGGGUAGAUGACCAUUUAAGAAUCUUAAGGGAAAGUUGAGUAUGCAGAUGUUGAUGGAACAUAUUGUGCUCAUUGCUCUUCAGAGAAAAGGUUUGUGAUGGAUGAGUUCACUGAAUUUACUUUCUUAACUUUCAGUACAAUGAAAAGACAUAAGACAAAGAUGGUCUCACUAUUUUGUAGAUAGCUUUAAGAGAGCUUUCUCCUCUUAUAGUCAUGCUUAUAGUGAUCAGAUAUAGGAGAACCUGAAAAAAUCUAUUAAUAAAUAUUCUGUGAAUAAGAGGUGAAAGAAAAAAAAGUAGUGGUAUUUUGUGGUUUAGUUUUAUGUUUGGUGGUAGAUAAAUUGUCUGUUCUGGAGAUUAGUUGUAGGGUUUUCUGUUUGUUUGUUUGUUUUCAAUGAUUCCACUCUAAUGUACUGGUCUGACACUGUCAUAUAAUCUGCUUUUCAAGGAGUGACUCCUUUAUAUGCACAACUGCAAGCCCUUCAAAAAGGUAUUUACAGGAGCAGCCAAGUUAAUCUGAAAAUGAAGAAAUAGAUGGCAAGUGUAUACUGGGAGAGAAAAAGCAGAACUGACUUUCUUCUGGUGGUUUUGGGUUCCAGAAAGAUACUUGCUAAGCACUAGAAGCAUGUGUCUUAGUUCUUCUCACAGAUUGUAAUACAAUGUCUAUCAAAACAAUUUUUUUGUUAGAUACUAUCACUACCUGAUUAGAUGAAUAAAUCAAAAUAUUUCAGUACACUUGUUUUACUUGAUUAGUGGAACUUGUAACAAAUUUUCUUUUCUGAAAGAAGCUGCUCAUGGAGGAGAUUGCUAACAAAACCUACUCUUUUGAUUUCUUUCCUGUGCUCCCUCCUUCCUGAGUUCUGUAAAAACCUCCUGUAUACUUUUUCUUCAUGUCAUCAUAUGUAGGAAAUAUUUCCAUAAUACCCUGGGACUGGUUUACAAGUCUGUUAGAACCAGUAGCAUGCUUUGGCUUUUCCCUGUCUAGACAGUAUUUUACUUCACUGGUCACAAAGCAGUAUCUCUACAGUGAACUUUGAGCUUUAUACCUAACAGCAAAUCCUCUGCUUUCUCUUGGCUGUUCCUGAGAGAAUAGAAAAAGGAUGAGUUCUUCUCUUCUUCUCAGAGAUACUACAGUCUUCCUUCUCUGACUUGCUGCUGUUUUUUCACAAAGCUUGUAUGAACAGCAUUUUUGAGAUUUUUUUAUUUUUUAUUUAUUUCAGUAUGAAUGAAAACUGGGUACACAGCUUGAAGAUGGACAUAAUGAUGAUUUUGUAACUCUUGAUAAGAAAGCUCUCCUGCAACAAUGCUAUACAAACAAGCCUUAUAAUGUGCAGCACAACAUAAGGAAAUCAGAAGCUGAGGAUGUUGCUGCAGAGAGGAGAAAACAGGCUGUUGUAGAACAAGUUAUGGUGGAUCAAUUAUGUAGAGCUGUUAUAAGUGAUCCAGAGCAGUCCACAUGUUCUGAUGCUUGCAAGGAAGCUCAAGGACUUCUGGGAGUUGGGACAGCACCAAUGUGUUUUAGAAGAAGGACACUCCAUGAAACAAAAAUAAGGACCAAAUCAGGACUAACUGAGAGCAUGCUCUCCAACAAGCUACGCUUUGAUAGUAGGAUUAUAUCGAGAAAUGGUCAUGAUGCUUGUAGAGAGUUGGUUGGAUUUUUUUUUGCAUGUGACAAAUCCCUUACAGUGUAUGAAUUUCGACAGUUUGGAAAAAACAGGACAAAUGCCUUGCCUUUCAUUCAGAAGGGAAUUUAUCAACAUCAACGUGGACAAAGAAAGGGGAAAGCUUAUGAUCUUAGUGACUUCUACAUUGGAGCUAAUCUAACUUUCCGAAGUGUUGAUCAUAACCUUCCAGAAAGUGUUAAGCAGAACCCCGUCUUUACCCUUCGUGUGAUAAAUAUUGAUGAAGCAGCUAUGGAUUAUCUAAAAGCUUCUUCUGUGGAACUCAAGCAAGAGUGUUCCGGGCAAGUGGUUGAUGACAGUGAAGUUUUCAAGAAGAUUCAAGGUAUUUUCAGAGAAACACUAAGUAAAAGAGGAGUUCGGGUUAUAACAGGCUUAGGAAAGUAUUUCCGACAAAUAGACAAGAAAAGAAAUGGUCUUCUCUCUCAGGCAGCCUUGAAAGAAGCUCUAAAAGUAUUCCAUUUGGAAAUGCCUGAAGGGGACUUCAGAUCCUUAUGGGUAAUUCUUGAUGAUAGCAAGAGUGAUAAGGUUGACUAUGGAGAAUUUACUCAUGCCAUAUUUGGAGAAAUGAAUGAAUAUAGGAAAGCAUCUGUGAGAAAAGCUUAUAUGAAACUAGAUUUCAACAAAACUGGGAGUGUGCCUGUGGUAGAUGUCAGAAAAUGUUACUGUGCAAAGAAGCAUCCUCUAGUAUUGGCAGGCAAAGCUGCAGAAGAAGAAAUUAAAUCGUCAUUUCUAGAAACAUUAGGAGAGUCCUGCAGCAACCCCAAUGAAGUGUCCUAUUCUGAGUUUGAAGAUUACUAUGAAGGAUUAAGUUUUGGAAUCACGGGUGAUGAUGAUUUUGUUAAUAUCUUAAGGAAUUCAUGGGGAAUUUAGAGUGGAAGAUGACAAAAAAGAAGAAGGAAUAUUUUCUAAACAAGGAGUGACUAAAUAAGAGAGGAUUUAGUCUAGAUGUGCAUUACUUUAUAAUUAGUGUCUUAAACUGAUUUCAGGGACUGAAAACUUUAGGUGUUUUCAGAAUAAGACAUGGCAAAUUUUCUGCAGUGUCUGUUGAGUUAUGCUAGCCACUCAUCUAAUAAAAAUGCUGUUCAUGUCUUUUCACUGGAAAUAAUUAAGGCAGUUUCCCAUAUGAAAAGCCAUAAUUUUUUUAUAUUAAAAUAAAGUAGCCUAUUUUAAAACAAGAGGGAAUUAGAGUACUAAAAUGCCUGAAGGGGUACGUGCAAGAGAAAAUUUUGGUUUAUGAUGCAUUGUGAAAAGCUUCAGAUUUGACUGCAUAAAUGUCAAUGGUAGCUUUUCUUCAGGAAUUUCUUAUAACAUUCUUUGUCUUGCUUAUUUUUUCUUAUGCUGGUACUUAGCUUGAAAGAGAGCAGGUCAUCCUUUUCCACUGCUGAGGAUGUCUGCAGUACUGAAAGCGCAGAAAUGUUCACAGCAUUUAGCCCCUUGGCCUAUGCACCAUCUUGACUGAUCUUGCUUUGUCAUUUUGGUCAGGCAUCUGAAGCUGAGCAUUGAAUCUCAAAGGUUUUAGUAAUCACACAUGUAUUUUGUAAUGCAUCCUUUCCUGUAUUUUGGUAAGUGGUUUUCAAAACAAAUAUAUUGUAUUUAAAUAUCUGCUUACUUUAUAUUGCUGGGAUUUUAACUAAAACAUAGAAAUUAUAUAUUUUGUCAAACUGAUAUAUAGCAUUUACUAUCUAGUCUGAAAGUAUAAAACAGAAAAGUAUAUUUUAAAAAGCCCAAAACAUCCACUUCUGCCACCAGAAAAAUUGAAUCAUAAAUUAAAAUAUUCUUUUCUACUUCAAAUGUUCUCACAGAUACUCUUUUCAGUAUAAUACAUCUUGUUAAUUCUGUAAAAUUCUUUGUGUUAAGAAAUAAAAAUAUAUAGUUAAUGAGAGAGAGACUUUGGUUUUGAUAGACCUGUCACUGAAAUUAACUGUAUGUUGAACUGCAUUUCUUAAGGCUAUGCAAUUAAAAUAUAUGUUUCCUCUGA